AUGUACGAUCGAGCACUCAGUGCCCCAUCCAGUCCCACUAAAGCCGACCCGUCGGGACGAAGAAGCUGGGAGGAGCCGAGCUGGCUGGGGUCAUCACCACGGACACUGAGCAUGAACAUGAAACAGAACAUCAGCCGCUCUCUACAGACGCUCCCCACCUCCUCCAGCUCCUUCAAGCCAGUUCAAUUUAGAACGUUUUUUGUAACAUUUUAUACGUCUUUACUCUCACAUUUGUUCAAUGUAAUGCAACCUUUGUGUAAUUCAUCCCUCAAUCUUUAUUUUUAAAAUUUUUAGGUGGUGACUGCUGACCACGCCCAGCUGAUGGUACCCAUGAUCCUUGAGAAGAAUCUCUGGUCAUCCAUUCCUGGCGAGGACACCAUCAUGAACCUUCCUGGCUUCUGGUUGGUUCGUCGGGAAAACCUUGAGUACUUCCCACGAGGAAGCAGCUACUGGGACCGUUGCAUGGUGGGUGGCUACCUUUCCCCAAAGAGCGUCCUAGAAGUUUUCGAGAAGCUCGUCGCCGGCUCCAUCAACUGGCCCGCCAUCGGUAGUGUUUUAGAUUACAUCAUCCGACCCGUGGUCCCGUCGGAAACGCUUAUGCUAGAAGUGCAGUACGAAACGGACCGUCGCCUUUAUGUGGACUUCCUCCCAUUGCUUGUUAUGGAGGACGGCGUCUCGCUGAUCGCCAAACCGCAUCGAUUGGCCGCCGAACGGCAUGAGAACCUGUGGCGGCAGAGUUUUCGUGUGGCGGAAACGGCAAAGUUACGUGCGCUCGAUCAGGAAGACGCCGGGUGCCGUUGCGCGUGUCUUAAAGUCAUUAAAGCCGUGUGUAAACUGAAUCCAGCGCUGGCACGAUUAAACGCAAGCCAGCUCACUAAUGCAAUCCUUCUCCUGAGCGAACAGGAGGGCGAUUGGACUCAGGAAGCGCUCGCCGAUCGUUUCAUGCGGCUGCUUCGUGCACUAGUGGGACACCUAGAGGCUGGGAGGUUACCCUGCAUCUUCAGUCUCAAA